UGUCAUAACAACUGCCAAACAAAAUGGUAAACUGGAAGAGACAGAACCCCAAAUCGAGGCACAAGUGGAGCAACAAGAAGUCCAGGAGCCAGGAACCACCCAGGAAGAUGCCAAGGAGCCAGAAGAUGAUGGCAAUGAAUCGCUUACGUCAUCACUGGCCAUUGAGGGUUUUGUGCAAGGAGCCUCUGAGGAUUUUACAGUUCAGUCACAAACUGCAGCUUAUCAAGUUGAUGAUGAAGACUUGCCCAUGCAACAGAUUGUGGAAUCGGGUGACCUUGAACAGUUGGCUGAGAUUGUCUUGAAUGGCGAAGGUUCACGAUUACUGGGACAAAAGUCCAAAGAUCCAGAUAUUCAAGCGUUUCUAAAUAAUGUGCCUAGCUAUAUGGAGAAAAUCCAUCGCGUGCAUGAUGCGGCACGUGAUGGCAGUUUAUUGGCAUUGCAGCAGGCUCUGGAUCGGCGGAAGUUUGCCAUAGCUAAGGACGAUAUAUCACCAAAUGGUUCGACACCCUUGCAUGUGGCCGUGCUCUUUGGACACACAGAUAUUGUACGAUAUUUGGCCUCUCGUUUUCCGGAGACCAUGGCCGUAACCGAUAAUGAUGGACGUACGCCCCUUCAUUAUGCUGCCACAAUUAAGGAUAAUGGUCAUUUUUACAAUAUGCUAAUGCAAUUGGGGGCCAAUCCCAAAGAACUGGAUAAGCUGGGUCAUACGGCCGAGUUUUAUUUGGAUAUGGACAAAUCGAAAGAUAUACUCACCUACACCGAAUUGCUCAAUGUUUUUGGGGCCGAAGAACUUGAGAACCAGUUGCUCAGUGAUCAAGUUCCCGAUGAUUUGCAUAGCGCACGUCGUGAGUUGCAGGAUGGAGAAAUUUCGCGAACUUUGGAACGCUGUUUCAGUGUCAUUGCCGAGUCGGGCAAACUGCUAAGCGGCACUACAGCCUCAGCCUUAUCGCAUCGGAAACCCCUGAGUGCAUCGUCCUUACAGCUAUCGGUUACUAGCUAUCUAAGCCGUUUCCUUAAACGUGCCGUCUAUGAGAAAAUCAAGCGAAGGCAAACACGUUUGGAUCACAAUCUCUUCGAUGUCUUGUGGCCAGCCAUGCGGAAGACAUCGAAAGCUCGCCAUCUUGAAGAGGACAUCAAUUGUGGCAUCAUUGCACCGGAUUUUGAUGUCUUUGUGGUAUUCCAGGAGUUUCUAGUGCCACUGCUCAAAGAUAUGCAUUGCCUGAAUAUUGAUGCCGACUUUAAGCCACAUCCUCGUUUGGCCUACUUUCCCAUGGAUAAUGGUGAACGUUUGAAUACAGCGGCCUUUGUCUAUGACGAUGAAUCGUUGCUGGUCACCAGAUGUAUAGUGGAGGCUUCACGUAAUUUGGAUCAAUUGGAAUUGCCAUUGAAUCUGACAAUUGGUCAAAUUGAACAAGCCGAACGCAUGAUGAUGGGAAAAAUAUUUACAGCGAAUUUUGCAGAGGCCAUUGGUGAGACGGAAUCGGGAAACUAUUAUACACUCACCGAGCUAUUGGAACCUGAUUCUGAGGUGGCCAAUAUGUUGACUAAUUUGGGUCUAAUGAUAUCACUGUUGGAUACCAAAGAUCUGGUUCAAGCGGCAGAGUCCACAGCAUUCAACGGGGCCCUGUGGCCGUAUGGGCGAGGUGUUUAUGUCAGUUCGGCUCACAAUUUGGCUUUAUGGUUGAAUUGUCAGGAGCAUUUACGUGUGAUUUCAUCGACAAGUAGCAAAGAUCCGGCUGAUAUGGGUGCGGCAUAUACCCGAGUUGGACGAGCUGUCACAUAUCUGGAAACGCAAUUGCAUUUCAAGGAGAGCUAUCUACUUGGCUAUCUGCAAUCACGACCUGCCUUCUUGGGUACAGGCCUGAAAAUGACAACCAUUGUGAAAUUGCCCAAUUUGAUGAAGGAAUUGGAUAAUCUGCGUCAUUUAUGCUCAGUGCGUGGCCUUAGUAUGGUGACGAAUCGUCUUUCAAAGCUCACUGUGCGUCUUAUCAAUAUGCAGAGCAUGGGCAUUGUGGAAUAUGUCUUAUUCCAGGACUAUUGUACAGCUGUCACCAAUAUUCUAUCCUUGGAGAAGGACAUGUCAUUGACAAAUUCUAAACAUAUUGCCACCAUGUUGGUGAAAAUAUUUCGACGCAAGAAAAACAGCAUUGUCGAUCGAAACUAAUGAUCCACCAUCCACCCAUAUUCCAUCAUCAAAUUGUAUAUAUAUAUGCUUAUAUCUACAGCACCAAAUCUUAUCCAACGAUUAAUACACUAAUAUACUUGUAGCCGUAGA